CUUCGCCAGCACCGAGCCCAGCUCGGAUGGCUCGGUCGACAUGACCGUCCGCGAGGCGCUCAACUCGGCCAUGGAGGAGGAGAUGACCCGCGACGAGACCGUCUUCGUCCUCGGUGAGGAGGUCGCCCAGUACAACGGUGCCUACAAGGUUACCAAGGGCCUGUUGGACAAGUUCGGCGAGAAGCGUGUCAUCGACACCCCCAUCACCGAGGCUGGUUUCUGCGGUAUCGCUGUCGGUGCCGCGUUCGCUGGCCUGCGCCCGGUCUGCGAGUUCAUGACCUUCAACUUUGCCAUGCAGGCGAUCGACCAGAUCGUCAACUCGGCCGGCAAGACCUACUACAUGUCGGGCGGCAACGUCCCGUGCCCGAUCGUCUUCCGUGGCCCCAACGGCGCCGCUGCCGGUGUCGGUGCGCAGCACUCGCAGGACUACGCAGCUUGGUACGGUCAGAUCCCGGGUCUCAAGGUCGUCUCGCCCUGGUCGGCUGAGGACUGCCGCGGCCUCCUCAAGGCCGCCAUCCGCGACCCGAACCCGGUCGUCGUCCUCGAAAACGAGAUCAUGUACGGCCAGUCGUUCAAGGUCUCGAAGGAGGUCGCCUCGCCCGACUUCCUCCUGCCCAUCGGCAAGGCCAAGGUCGAGCGCGAGGGCACCGACGUCACCAUCGUCGGCCACUCGCGCAUGGUCGGCCUCUCGCUCGACGUCGCCGAGAAGCUCUACAAGGAGCAGGGCAUCCAGUGCGAGGUCAUCAACCUGCGCUCGAUCCGCCCUCUCGACAUCGACACCAUCAAGGCGUCGGUCAAGAAGACCAACCGCCUCGUCACCGUCGAGGGCGGCUUCCCCAUGUUCGGCGUCGGGUCCGAGAUCUGCGCCCAGAUCGUCGAGUCCGAGGCGUUCGACUACCUCGACGCCCCGGUCGAGCGCGUUACUGGUGCCGACCUCCCGACCCCGUACGCCGCGUCGCUCGAGGGCGCCGCCUUCCCGGACGAGAGCGUCAUCGAGAAGGUCGUCCUCCGGUCGCUCUACCGCUCGUGAGCGUAGCGCCGCCACCCACCUCCUUCUUCUUCGCCUCUCCUCGUCUCUCCCACCACCUGCCGUUACGACCUAAAAGGGCUCGGCGCACCCUGCCGGCCCUCGCACGUCUUCCUCGACGACGAGUGUCCCCCUCCCUCGUCCUCCUUCCUCUCUUCCCCCCUUCUCGCCUUGUCCCCUCUUUGGCCUUUGUUACCCCUUCCCACUUCUCUCUCUCUCUCUCUCUCUGCCUCUCUGUUCGGGUCUUUAGACGCGCUUUCGCCGCACCCCUCCCUUCGCCUCUCCCUCUCUCUCUCUGAAUCGCAGGACCUCGCAUCGCUGUUUCCUAGAGUCCG